UCGAAAUGAUACCAAAAACCUCCACAGUUCCCCUUUAUAUUUGUGACCCCCCCAACACUAUCAUCACCUUGUCGGCCUCUAUUCAUUUUCUCCAUCCGGAAGAGCAUCUUCUCUUCUCUUGAUCAAAUUCCAUAAAUCUUUUUCGAAUAGUUCUUCAUCAACAAAUUUUAUAUUUUUUCAUCAUGAAACAAGAACAAGCAGUCGGAACUCUUGCUAGAACAAAUAGUUGCAAAAGUAACAACAAGAUCAUCCCAGCAAAUUAUGUAAGAUUAUCGUCUCUUAAUCCAGAGAACCCUGAAGAAUUUCACCAAGGGGUACUUGUUCGGAGAAGCUCAACCGCCGCCUGCCAAAGAGGACGUAGCACUGGAUUCUCUGGAAUUCUUCGAUCACUCCUUCAUAUUAUAUCAUUCCCGACGAUUCUCCCCACAUGUAGAUGGCUAAAUAUUCCGACCCAACUGUCUAUAACACCCUCACUUGGCCGGAAAGUCACCGGAACCCUCUUUGGCAACCGGAGAGGCCAUGUCAGCUUUGCCGUCCAAGAUGACCCGAGAUCCGAACCUGUUUUACUCAUUGAGCUUGCGGUUUCAACGUCAACUCUGGUGAAAGAGAUGUCUUCUGGGCUAGUAAGGAUUGCCUUGGAGUGUGAGAAAGGCCCACCGCCGUCUCGAGGCGGCCGGCCUCCGGUAAGGCUGUUCAAUGAGCCAAUGUGGACUAUGUACUGUAACGGUAGGACUUGCGGGUACGCUCUUUCACGCGCAUGCACAGAUUCAGACUGGCACGUGCUGAGCACCGUUCAGACCGUAUCUGUCGGUGCCGGAAUUAUUCCGGUUGUGGAUGACGGCCGGAAGAACGGUGCAUCAGAAGGUGAGUUGUUAUACAUGAGAGCUAGGUUUGAGCGAGUUGUGGGGAGCCGUGACUCGGAAGCUUUCUAUAUGUUGAACCCGGACGGCAAUGGAGGGCCUGAACUCAGUAUUUUCUUACUUAGACUAUGAAAACAAAAAGGGAAAAAAAAAAUGAUUUGGAUUUUUAUUUGUGAGAUAUAGUGCUUGCUUGUGUAUAAUUGCAAUUUGGAAAAAUAAUAGUGUUUAAUUAGGGAGAGCUUUUAUUUUGAAUUCUAUAAUCAUACGACCAAUUCGUGUUGCUUUAAUUAUACUACUACUUUACUUGA